GUGCAUUUUCUUAACUGACACUGACUGGCAGCUUAUUCGUGCGCACAGCACACAUAGAGAGCACUGCGGGGAAAAGGGAUGGUGGUGAACACUGACUUUUAUGACUAAAGCGCACACAGCUGCACGGACUGGUACUGCGUGCGCGUGUCUGUAGUUGUGUAGUGUAUCACGGGGGGGGGACCAGCCGAGGCUUUUUGUGUUGUGUUUGGCCCAUGACGAUUCAUUGUUUGCAUUUUUUUGUUGCACAGCGUAUGAGAAUUACAGCGUGAUUUUACCGCAGAGAGAUAAAACCGGUCGGAGGAGGUGAACGAGUUCGGGCCUCGGCUGGAGGAGCUGCUGUGACGUAGCCGUCAACCAAACACACACACACACACCGGCUGCCGCUGCGCCUGCUACAAUCUCAAUGUAGAGAAAUGACCGCGAGUGACCUCAAAGGAAACACUGUAUUUUAGCGACCACUCAUAUUUGUAUUUAAGGGCACGCUACACGUCGACGAUUUUAGCUUCAUAUUUUAGAGUAUUAUAUAUUGAACUGUGAAAAAUAAUUAGGUCUAACGUGAAGUCGCGGGUUUCUUGUCUUUAGCUCCGAAGCAGCGGCGCUAACACUAGCUAGCUAAGCUCAAGCAGCCCGGUCUCCCGUCGCUAGCGAUCGGGCUCUUCCAUUCUCCUGCCCUGCAGAUGCUAAGCUAAGCUAGGCUAGGCUAGGCUAGCUUCUGCCAUGGAUAAAGCCAAGUCAAUGAUGGACAAGAAAGGAGCGACGGGACCCUUUCAUGUCAACAACGGGCAAAGUCAGAGGGGGUUUCACGGACACGUCGCGGUGGCCCCGAACGGCAGCUGCUGCAGCGGCAACGCGUUCGGCUCGAGCGGCGGACCAAACAGCGGACCAUUCGAGAGCGUGCAUCUGCUGCACCGCGGGGACGAUGCGGAGUGCAACGGCUCCCCGGCCAAGAGAUGCAGGCUACGGCGAAGGACCGAGUCAAUGAGACGGCAUAGACCUCGUGAGUGUCAACCUGCAUUUCACAAUCAACUUUAUAAGCCGCCCUCGUAAAUUUGCACACAUGAUGUGACGUGAUUGUUUUAUAGAGGAAGAGAUUGUGUGUGUGUAUGUGUGAUAGGUGAACCUGAGCGCAGCCUGAUGCUGUGUCACAACAGAUCAGCCGGGGUUUGCACAACCCACUCGUGUCGCAAUGACAAUGACAACAUCUUGUGUUUUCUCCACCCACUCCCUUAUUAUUUUAUCCCUCUAUUAUUCAUUUCUCGUGUUUGUAUCAGAUCAUAGUCACCCUCCGUCAGUGUUUUUGAUUAGAUCAUGUGGUAUGACUCUGUCAGACAGAUCUGUCCACUGUUCGAGCCUGCCGUCGUCAGGGAGACCCCUCUUGUUUUCACGAGCCCUCAGGUUGCAUUUGGAGCCCUCUGAUUGGUCGGUUCCCGGUGGUGAAAAAGCUCCUGAUAAGUGGGCUUGGCUUGCCUCGACCAAUCGAUACCCGACUUUUGUCUUCAAGAGCCAGGGUGAAUGUGCCGGGUCUCCGCCCUGAUAUUUACCCAGUGUUUAGAAGAUGUGAGUAAAGAUCACCCGGGGAAACUUUGCAUAUUUACCGCAGGAUGUAGAAAAGUGCAGUUUUCUUCGCUGCGUGGAGUGACUCUUUAUAUCUCAGCCUGAGCCUUUCUCACAGACGCUUAUUUAAAAUAGUCUUGAAUUAUUUUGUAGAUUAAUUCGUGUGCACCUGUGAGCUGAUAUUCUGCAUCACUAUGAGGCUUAUAAGUGAGAAGAAACCCGGUAAGUCUAAGUACAUUUAUGUGUCAUUAAAGAUUAUACUGCUAAAGACAAGAUGGAUUUUUUUCUCAACUGAGCUCUCUCUUUACUUCUUAAUUUUAGGUUUUGACAACAAAAACUUGUGUACUAUACUUGUGCUUUUAUAUCUAUGUCAGACAUAUCAAGCUGCACUUAUAAAACUUGAAAUCAAAUCAAAGUGUAUACUCUAAUACAUAAACAAACAGAAAUCAAUUAUUACUGUCCAAAAUCAUGCUUUUUCAGGGAGCUGUCUGCUGUUCAUGGCAGUGAAUUUCCAGCACAACUUCCUCCAGGAAUUAAAUGUCCAGGGUCUUUUGUUGUGGCUGAGUGUGACUGUCAUGGUAAAACUUGUUCCUGUUCGUAGAAAUGUUUGCAGUGCAACCAGCUGAAAUAGUAGGGUCCUUGUUGCUUUGUCGCUGUCAGCAUUCCUUAUAUCCACCAAUGACUGUGUUAAAGAGAUGGAGACAGGAGGGGGGUUAGGUGGGGACAUGAGCCUUGGUUUCUGUUUUCGAGGGAAUGUUUGUCUCUUUUUAGGUGCAACCUUAUAGCAGCAUUCACCACACUCAGGAAUGCUGUUACCUUAAGUUAAAUAUUAUCGUUUUAUUAUCCUUCACCGUGAUCCUCUUAUUAUGUAAUUCUAUUAUUGAGAUAUUGUGGUUAAUCAUUCCGGCGCAAGUAUGAAAACCAUGAUUAUUGUUCAAAGACUUGUGUCAUUUGAUUUAUGAAAUCUUUGACACAGUGAGACAGUUAUCAGUGCAACCUUUCAGGCAUGGAUAGAUAUGCCUGAUAACUACAGUUACACCACAUUCAUGACAACGCUGGUAAAGAACUUUAAUGUGUCCUUGUGUAGUCUCUCCUUUAUGUAACACCAAGUGUUUGUUUGCAUUUAUUGCAUUUUUUUUUGUGGAGUCUCUGCUUCAGGCUGAAUACUCUAUAAUUUCCUCUCUAAAGUGUUUGUUAAAGAACAACACGCAGCUGCUUGAGUCUGACAGGUUAUACCUGCAUUAGACCUUUAAACAGAGCUUUUUGCCUGAAGUUCUACACAUACAAAUGUUGACUUAAGUAAAUAAAUCCACUUAGAUGGACAUAUAAAAAUCAGUCACUUGAGAAAGAUAUAGAGCAUUAAGAAAUAGAUUGAAAUUGUUCUUUGCCUCAUCUUCUUCACAAGAUAAUGACAGAUGAUGUGGUUUUAGUCUUGGGGAGGAAAAAACAAGAUAAGGCUGACUCACUACUGUAAUAUACAGAAACUUCUUUCUGUAGAGUGGACAUGUUCACAGCUUGUGAGACACCUCUGUGAAUAUACAACAUGUACUCCACAUCUAGUAUGCAUGAUAGAGAUAAAAUGAGAGUCACUGAAGGGAGGACAAGCUUAAUCAACAGUUAGAAAUAAGUAUGACCAAAAACCACCUGCUGUCAGGAGGUUUUCACUCUAACAGACUAUCUUUGCUCGUAUGACUAUGGUCAGAUUACUGUAGAUGCCUGAUGUUGUUAUCAAACACAGCAGACGCAAAUACAGUGACUCUUUGCUGUGAUAUAUCCGCUCAUCUGUGAAAACCAUAGAACUGUCCUAGAUUAUGUAAUUAAAGGGACAUUUCAUCAGUAAACUUUGAAAUGUCCGGUCAGAGCUCCCCUCUUAAUGAGUGAGUGAUCCUUGGAUGGAGGCCAGCCGCCCUGAUAAACCCAGAUAACACUCUUAGCUUUUCCCCACAGAGGGCCGACACUGGAAUGCAUUUUCCCCCCCGGAUGUGAUCUUUUUUUUUUUUUUUUUUACUAUUGUCCCCAGGUUUUUUUUCAGCUCAGGGUUUUUAUGUUGGAUUGGAUUGGGGUGACGCUGCUUGUGAUACCCUUUGUUUACACCAACAGCAACUUGGCAUGAAUUUUCACUGCCGGCUCCUGCCAUUAUUUUAAGGAUGACAGGAAACAUACACAUACAGUAAUUAUCAUUCCUGACAUUUGGUCGUAUAUCCUUGAGGCAUUGAAAGGUAGUUGUUUGAGCACAGUGUUUGCAGGGUUAGGUUGCCAAAUGUACAGCAGAGAAAAAUUCAUUCCUACCAUAUCAUACCUCAGCUGAAAUUGGUUUGUUUACAUUUUGCCAUGCAUUUUUCUGGUCUUGGCAGUCUAGCACAGGGAAGUCAUAAGCUUAACAGGGGUGGACGCUUUUCUCAGUGCUUGUUGUGCACCUGGAUGUCAGUUGGACGCAUGACGUGAAAGGCAGACAUGACAUUACAUACCAUUACUAGUAAAUGGUUCUUAGAGGGGUGGCUUUUCUUGGUAGAGACAUUUGACUGUUAUACCUUUAAGCUCAGGUUAGAUCAGACAGAGUAAUAGAACUGUUAGAUUGACAGCUUUUACAGCUCUCGAGUAUUUCAUUUAGGUAAAGGUGAAUAAGUGUUUCAGACAAGUUAUUAAGUAAUUUGUUGUGCACAGUUCGGUGUAAGGUUCCAGUUUUGUUGUGACUCCAGCAAUAUUUAGUUAUGGAGCCAGAUCAGGCUCAAAAGUAUUGAAAAAGUAGUGUAAGUGAAAAAAUAAAAAGUGAAGUGAAAAAAUAAGAUUUGAACCUGAAAAUAGUAAAAUGGUACCUGAAAGUCUUGAAUUUCGAAAUUGAACUUUGAAAAAUCCCAGAAUGCGUGAAAAAAAUCUGUUAUUGAUAGUACUCACUAUCAAUAGAGCUUUUUAAUGAAUCACAGUUUAUUUCGCACCACUAAAGUGGAACGAACCAACACGAUCUUAUUCAGCCAAUACAGCCUAAUUGUAGGCUAAGCUAAUGUGUAUUCAUGCCACUUCCUGAACGCAGGGUGAUGGGGUGGGGAAGGAGGGGGAGGCCUGUCACUCAUGGCAGACCGCGCCCCUCUCAGUCGAGGCCAGCCCCCACGCAAAAACAGGCUCAAAAGUCAACCUGAAACUUUUCAAGUUGAAUCUGAAAAAAGAAGAUCUGAAUCUGAAAAAAAAAAAUCUGAAACCGAAAAAAAAGUUUUGAAUCCGUAAAAAUAAGAUCUGAAUCUGAAAUAAAUAAAUAAAAUUCAAUCGAAAAAAAAAAAAGUACUCAAAGAUCAAAAUAUACAUUGAAGUGAAAAAUAGAAAUAAGUAAUUUAUUCAAAAGUAUUAAAAACAGAAUCAAAGUUACAUUUGAACAGAUUUUUUUCAUGCAUUCUGGGAUUUUUCAAAGUUCAAUUUCGAAAUUCAAGACUUUCAGGUACCAUUUUACUAUUUUCAGGUUCAAAUCUUAUUUUUUCUCUUCACUUUUUAUUUUUUCACUUACACUACUUUUUCAAUACUUUUGAGCCUGAUCUGGCUCCAUAUUAAGUUAACUAUUGUUUUGACUGCAAUUCACAUUUUUUACAGAUAAGAAGUUCCUAGAGUCUAGAAAAACAGUGAAAAAACACACUUUUCUUAGAAUCCUUACUAUGGGAUUUUUUUUAUCAUCCCACAUGUUGUAGGAGGUUUUAGUGUGAGAACAGGGUUUACAUGCCAUUAAUCUAUGGUAAAUCACUAAAAUUCUACAGUUCAAACCCUCAAACCUAAGAUGAGCUUUCAAAAUGUUUCUUUUACUAAGCCAGGUACAGACUUUCCUAUUUUUCAAGUUAAGAACAUGGCAGAUAUAAUUUCCAGCUGGAUUAGCGCACAUGUUAAAUUAGUGAAAGGAUAACUCCCUUAAAAUGAAACAGAUUUUUGUAAAUGGUCAGCCACAGGUUGAGUCAGUGUUCUCCCACACUUGAAAGUAGCUUACGAUCAGGGCGUGUUCAUGAGUUUCAGUGAGAAUGUAGAGGUUUUGGGGAAAGGGUGUGUGUGUGUGUAUCUAUCUGUGUGUGUCAGGGGUCAUGUAAGUCAAAACGAUGGGAAUUGUUAAAUCUCUGGCACACCCAAAACCAAGAGAAACAAGUCUUUCUCUGUGAAACUGUACACAAAACUACAUGUGUUACUCUGCCAGUGCUAGCUACAGGGAUUCAUUUAUUUGAUAGACUGUUGCAGCAGUGAUACAAAUAGUGGUUGCCAUGAAAUUCUUUAUAGUUGAUAAAGCGUUUGUGGAGAAGGAUUAUUGACACACUGAUUAGCUGUCCGAUUUAAAAUUUAUCCUUUGUUACUUAAACAGAAGAGUUUGAGUAUUCAACACAUUACUGUAGAAAGCUUUUUGAACAUGAGUAUUUUUGUAGUCUUUGCUUUUUACUUGGUAGUAGAACAAUUAACUUGUUGUAGAUGAAAAUGACAUUUAAGGAGCACUAUUGUCUUUGGAAAGAACUAAUCGUAACUUAUUUUUUUUAAUUUCCAGACUUAAAGGGAUAUUCUGGCAUAAAAUUAAGUAAGGGUCAAACACACCGUAACACAGAGUUAGACACCCCCACCAAGAGAUGGAAGUUGCAGACUGUUGGCUUCUCUAGUUUUACCAACUUUAGUAACAAUGAUUGCAUGAUAGCAAUACAGAGAGCCACAUGCUUAACCAAAAAGCCACUCUAUAGCCAUGGUUUCUUUAGCAAAGAGACCAAACACAACUCACCUACUCUCCUCCAGCAGCUGCUUGUUUGUACAGAGACCUCUGGGCGAGUCCAUCAACUGCAGCAGGGGAAUGCAGCUCAAGGAAGACCAUUUAUGAUCGUUUCCUUAUGGAAAUGCAAUCAGACCGAGACGCUAAGGCAAAAGAACUACCGCGUCUGUUGAUGAUUAUUUUGAUGAUUAUUACUUCAAAGAAAUGAUAAAGUAAUGAUUUUCCUUGAGCUGCACCCCCCUGCAGCAGUCCAUAAACUUGCCCGGAGGUCUCCGUACAGAGAAGCGGCUGCUGGAGGAGAGUGGGUGAGUUGUGUUAGUCUCUUUGCUUAAGAAACCAGGCAAAGCUAAAAAGAUGUUUGGUGGCUAGUACUAUGGCUGGGACCCUAUAUGUACUGUUGAUGAAGUUAGGUGCUUUUCUGAGCUUUAUUUGUGGCUAUAGAGUGGCUCUUUGGUUGAGCGCGUGGCCUCUGUAUUGCUAUCGUGUUGCUGUUUCUAAAGUCGGUAUAACUAGAGAAGCAAACAGUUGGCAACAAGCUGACUAUCGUUACCAGAGUAAGAGAAGCUGAGACAGUGAUAUGAUAGGCUGUGAUAGUAGUGAAUGAUAGUCAAACUGAGACUUUGUUAUUGUGACAUUGUCAUAAUUAUAAUUAUGAAUGGGUUAUGCUGUGGGUAUGCACAGAGGAGUACACAGACCAAAACAAUGAAAUUGUGAAUGAGUGAGGACACACUUUUCUGUAACAUCUAUCACAUAACAUCACACAAGUGUGCCAUGCAACUGUCGUUCUUGUACAUGGACAAUAAAGAAAAACACACACAUCACACCACGCUCUGUGUGAAACCUGAGAUCAAAAGUUGAACAGUUGGGAAUUUAGUUAUACUAAUCCCAGAGAUUAUGUUGGACAUUUGAACAGAUAGCAUGGGAUGAAAAGAUAUAAACAAGAGGCCUUCCAGAGUUUGUAAUUCAUGUCAGACUGUACCCACAUAAGAACACAUGGGGAGAGUGAGGAAGAGUUUUGCUCGGCCAGAAACCUUUCACCUACAUGGGCACAAAUUACCCCCCACCCCCCUUGCCCCUGCACCUUGUCACACUGACCUUUGGCUGGACACGGUGUGUGCGCUUUUUAAAUAGAAACCCUUGAUUUAUAGUACACGUGAGAAGAGGAGAUCUGAAUUGGUUUAUAAUUCUCAUUUUUAAUUCAUGGGGAUGAGCAAGAAGUUUUUCAGUACCAUCCAACAGUUUUUUUUUCUCUUUUUCACAAAUAGUCUUCAGGCAGUGAGACAUAAUUAUGGGAAAUUUAAAUGCCGGGGUCAUAAAAAAUUUAUAAGAAAUGUUAAAACACCUCUCCUGAGCUUUUGUAAACGAUGUAAGAUUCCAGGAAGGCCAUGUCUGACCGUUCAAUGUGGGGAUGUUUCCUGACAUCACCUCCAAGCAGUCGUGUGAUCAGGAAUCAACAUUUAUGAGUUGUAGUCAGUUUGUUGCACCACUCCAACAAGCUGAUGAUCAUGGUGGAGAUAGAGUCAAUAUGCCAAUGUCAAGGACAGACUGACAAAGUACUGUGUAGAUUUGGUGAAGGCUUGUGGUUCAAAUACAAGUUUUGUCAAAAGAGUGAUUGUCAUUUUUGUUUUGUUAACCUUUUUGGGGUAUUUGGAGCUGACUGUCAAACUCCAUAUUUAAUUUACCUCAAAACUUCUGCAUGAGUAUCACACACUUGAAAAGAAAAGUGAAUGCAUACAGAGCUCAUCUCUCAGGGGAGUCUUUGUCAGGUGAAAAACAGGCACACUGUGGAAAACUAUAUCUGACAUUAAUUGAAAAAGACACAUUUUUAUCCAUAGCAUUAUUACAGUAGCAUUGAAGGUCUACAGCAUACUUUACACUUGAGGUUUGCUUUAGGUGGAACCAAUAUGUGUGUUAUUAUUGGAAGAACUGACAAUAUGACAGCAAUAUCUGCUCUAAGAGGAGACACGAGAAAAACAGAUCCAUGGCACGUGCAGGUGUAAGAGGCUGAACAUGAGGUUCUAGUUUGUUUCUACCAGCUUAAGAAAUGUCACCUAGCCACUCAAAGUAUUUGAACGUGUUAUGAUUUGAGGUAUUGCAUUCUCAAGGUAUUAUUAGGUCUAUUGUUAUGAUUGUUUCAUGGGCUGGGUGUGUGUGUGCUUUUUGGCUGAGGCUGUGAGGGAAAACAUGAUUGUCACUUGACUCCAUCGUGUACCAUUGCAAGCAUUUAACACUGUCACUCCCUGCAGUAUGAUUAAAUCAGGGAGGGAGAUCAUAUUUCUGUUUCCAGUGUGUUCCUGCUCAACCUUUGCUUUGAUGCUUACGUAAUACUUUAAGAAAACUUUUAGCACUACAGGGAUAAAGCAGCUGACCUUAAGCUCAUGCACAAGCAUAGAUAACAUUAAAAAGAUCUUUUAGUCAUCCCAAGUAUCAUUAGGUAAUUUGGUUAAAACUGUCCUUAGCAUGACACCCAGUAAGUUCAAGGUGUUGUCAAAGAUUUCCAAAGCAUGUUAGUGAAAAACAAAAAAAAAAUUCAGAGCGGUUUACUCAACACGGUAUUACCACAGUCUUUGUUUCUCAGUUCAUGGUUACUGAGAUCAGAGCUGGUCAGUAGGUGAGAGGGUAUGGUCUAGAAAAGUCAUCCAAACACUGAUGGGAGCCCUGAUGAGUCGAUCACUGAGUGCAGCAGAUCCUUUCCUUGAGGUAAUAAUUAUCAUAACAAUCAUUUUGCACUGCAAACACAGUAGUUCUUCUGCGUUAACAUCUUGGUCUUAUUGCAUUUCCAUGAAGUAAUCAUCAUAAAUGUUCUUCCUUGAGCUGCGAAACUCUGCUGCACUCUGUGAUCGACUCAUCAGAGCCCCCACAAACAAGUGGCAGAGUUAAUGAUAUGUUUGAUGGCUAGCACUAUGGCCGUGACCCUAUAUGUACUGUUGAUGAAGUUAGGUGCUGUUCUGUGCAUUAUUUGUGGCUAUAGAGUGGCUUUAUGGUUGAGGUUUGUGCUUGGGGACGUAGACCGCUGUGUGUUGCUAUCAUGCGGUCAUUGCUGAAGUUGGUAUAACUAGAGAAGCAAGCAGUGAGUAACAUUAAUCUCUUAAGGGGGUGUCUAACUUGGUGCUGUGGCACGUUUUACCAUAACUUAAAUUUACGCCCGAAUACCCAUUUAAGGAAGUAACAGGUGACUCCUCUGCAAAGUAACGAAUCACCUAAUAAUUGAAAGUACGCGUUGUAGCAUCAGCAGCUAACAGCAGCAAGAGUGAUGCUAGUUGUCUUACAAUUGUACUCAGUUACUGAUAUUCCCAGUCUGAGAGACUAUAUAAUGCAGUUCAACACCGAACCACCACAAACCAUGCCCAAUUUUGAAUAAAAUUUAGCAAGUUGAGGAGCAAUGAGGAUGUUAUCUCAUAAAUGAGAUACAAACAUCUUUGGCUUUCAAUAAUGAGGGUACGUUUUUCUGAAUAAAUACAGAAUUCUAAAGCAAACCUAGUCCAUUUAGAUAACUUUACAUAUCAGUUGUAGUUGACACUGCUAAGCUAGAAAGUUAAUAGAACCGUGUCAUUCAUCUUCACAUGUGGUUCCCUCAUGGAAUUAGAUUCUGAACUCACAUUUCGUGGCUCAAAUCUGAAAGUGGACUUUGCUUGAACAGCCGAGACGGAAUCAUUCUGUCCCCUUUAAACAGACUGUUGUGAAACAGAGUCAUCUCCUGAUCGUCAUACCAUGGCGACAGCGAAGGUGCAGAGUGGACCAGCGUAGGUUAACAAGUCACCAGUCACAUGCAGACAGCUCUGGCAUGCUGCUUUAGCCCAAAGUUCAAGUCCCAACAGUGUUCAACCUGCCAGAAAGAGAAAAACUAUCCCAGUGCUCUUAGACUGUCGUUCAUUUGGACUGAUCUGCCCAUUCUGUGAUGAUUGCUGGUUUAGAUCUAUAUUUCAAAAUUUCGUUGUUUGUUAAAUUGAGCCGAUAAAUGUGUGGAAAAUUUACUUCCAAUUUAUGAAUACUUUCACAACCUUUCUUUUGAACUUUUAGCAUUUUCAAAUAAACAGCUUAUGCCAUAGAGCUGUUUUAUUGGUUAAAACCAGGCUGAGAAAAAUGAGGCAGUUAUUCCUGAAAUUUGCACACCAUUUAAAGAUAGUUGCUUUACUUUCAGUUUCCUCUUAAUCAACCCUUUAUGAGUCAAAAUCAGUAAACAGCAAAACAACAACAAAAAUGUUCUAGUAAACUAAAAUUGUUGCUUAAGGUUAAGAUCAUGUCAAAAUAAUGGACUAACAUACAAUUAUUCCUCUCUCAUGUUUGAAGUAGCUCCAAUUUUGCUGUAUGACUGUUUGAAAGCUCUUGAAGGCAUAGAGAGGCCCACUGUCAUUUGAACUGCAGUGAAAUCAUUGUCACAGCAUGUCUGUCAGUAAAGCAAAUGUUUGAAGACCCUAUGCCCGAAGCUUCUUCUGCUCACUGCUAAACCAGUUUAUUGGUAUUUGGUAACCUGCCAAUGUAAAGACAUGUUGAUCAAUACAGGGGGCGUACAUAUAUGCUUACUGUACAUACAAAACUAAGUGUCUUUUAAAUCUGAACAGUACAGAGUUAAAAUUUCCCAACCCUCAGCACUUCAUGGUUCAAUGUGGCUCUGAUGUGAGUAACUGGGAAAGCAGUAUUUUCCAGACUGAGAGAGUGAAAUUACUAUCUGCAUCUUCUCAAGGCGGCAGUGUCAGCAAAAAAAGGUAUGCCAGAUUGUUAAUGCUGAGGGGGGUGUGCGCGUCUGUCACUCAUGUUUACACAGCAUGUAAGCCUUUGCUUCCACUGAGAGAAAAGCAAUGCCUGUGCCUCAACAUGUCCAUUACCAAUGGCAAGUGAGUCAGAAAGUGAAAGAAUACCUCACACCAACAACCAGAGUCGACUCUACUUACAGAGUCGACUCUGUAGGUCAACCAACUAGGGUUGUAAAGUCCUAGUCGACUGGUUGACCUAUUGGUCGAUACAUGCUGAGUCGACCAAUAUUCUGAUUCGUUGACUUUAUUUUUUUUCUGCGUUGAUUUACAGUCUAUGGUUAAUUUCAUCAGGAGGACCGGACCAGAUGGGGGUGUUUUCUGAGCUACCCUGUUUCAGUAGAUCACUGAGUGCAGUGGAGUUUCGCAGCUCAAGGAAGAACAUUUAUGAUUAUUACUUCAUGGAAAUGAUCUGCUGCACUCUGUGAUCAACUCGUCAGGGCCCCCCCACAAAUAAGUGGCUGCUGAGGAAAGUGGGUGAGUUGUGUUUGGUCUCUUUGCUAAAGAAAUUAGGCAAAGCUAAAAACAUGUUUGAUGGCUAGUUGUAUGGCUGGGACCCUAUAUGUACUGUUGAUGAAGUUAGGUGCUGUUCUGAGCAUUAUUUGUGACUUUAGAGUGGCUUUUAGGUUGAGGUUUACGCAUUGAGAUGUAGACCGCUAUGUACUGCUAUCGUUCAGUCGUUACUAAAGUUGGUAUAACUGGAGAAGCAAGCAGUUGGCAACAUUCAUCUCUUCAAGGGGGUGUCCAACUCGGUGUUACAGUGUGUUUGACCCUGAAUUGAUUUUACACCAGAAUAUCCUUUUAACUUAUUGAAGUAACACGAGCACCUGGACAGGAAUUGGCCCCACAUAUUCAGACAGAACCAUGUAAACCUCCACCGUUGUCAGUAUUGUGACAGUAAACGUGGUAUCGGUAUUUUUCACUGUUAAAAUUGAUCAUUUUAAAAACUAAUAGCACUGUAAAGAAAAAAGAUAUGAUGACUUUUAACAGUGAUGGAGAAAAAAAUUUAGAUGUUUUUUUUUUUGUAAUUGAUUUCAUAUACCAAUAUUCUGUCAUAACAUUUUACAUAUAUUGAACAGUAUAGAAUAUUUGCAUACUUCAUCAUCAUGGAGCAGAGACAUAGACAUAAAUUCUCAAAUAAAGUUACAGCAGACUAACUGUGAGGUAAAAAUGAAACACUUUUCACUCAUGUCCUUUUUUAAAAACCUCUCUUGCAUUGUCCCUUUUCUCCUGUUGGAGGGUAGAAAUUGAGAUGUUUAUAAUUUUUGGCAUUGGAAAAAUUAAUUAAGCAUUCCUGGAUUAGUACAGUUAAUUGCUAAUUGCCAGUAAACUAUCAUACUGGUUAAGUCAAAUGAAGGAAAGUUGUGGAUCUUAUUAGUACGUUGGAGCUGUUAAUAGUGCUAUAAAAAUCCCCUUCAGUAUCAGUUCUUUCUAUUUAUGCCAGUAAAUCUUACUCAGAACUAAGAAGUAUGAUGUAAAGACAUGGUCAGAUGAGCCUGUGAGAGAAUUAGCAUGGAAAAACAGGAACUAAGGGAUCAAGCAAAGGACAAAUAAGAUGUGAAGGAGGAAGAAACAAAAUGGCAGAGGCUGAUGUGGUUGGAGUGGCCAGAGAGGUGGAGAUGGAGACGGAAGGAGAAAGAAAGAUGGAUUGUGUGUAUGAGAAUGUGAUGGAUGCAGAGAGAUGGAGAGGAAACACAGAGUGGAAGAGAAAAUAGGAGGCUGAGGAGUGUGUCAGAGGCAGAAAUGAUGGGGGGUGUCUGUUUCCACGGCAACUGUGGCUCUCGUUGAGCUGUCUUGUUUUUUUCCCUCUAGCCGGUUGUGCUGGAAGAUUUUUUUUUCCUGUGCAGAACCCAGUGUUCCUCCUAACUAUUUCCUCUACCAUCCUCUGUGCACCGAGCUGAACCACUCAAUGCCACCCUAAUGCAGCGGUUUCAUGCAGAGCACUGGUCUGCUCAGCAUGUAUUUGGCACAUGUUGGAUUUUUACAUCACUAAGGUGUUAAUGGGUGAACUUUGGUUACUAAAGUGCUCAAAAACAUCAAUUACAAUUAGCCAGAGUCAUUGGAAUAUUCAAAUAUGUCAUAUCUGUUUAUUAAAACCCCAAGAUAUUUAUUUUGCUAACACUUGACAAAAUGGAGCCAACAAUGAAAUAGUUGUAUUUAAUAGUCACCCUUCAAAAACAAAUACUCUCUGCUCUAGUUUUGCCUUUCCUGGAAACAAAGACAUCUAUGGACAUCAUCCUAGGUUCUUGUUUCAGAUUUUAUAUAUUUAGGUGGAGAGGUGGUGUGGCGCUUUGAAGGGAAAUGUUCCUUGUUGUAGAACAAAAAUAGAGCAUUCUUGUUGGUCAUGAUUGCAGAAAAAAGGGUUACAAAAAGCCCUAAACCCUAACCUUCCAAAAAAAUAUAUGUUUUAAGAUGUUUUUCUAUAUUCGUUAUUCUUUUAUGCUUAGUAAUACCAAGGAUAACGAAGUCAUUAUAACGUGCAUCAGUGUACCUUCAUAUUUGUAACAUGUCAAAAACAUUUGUGACAUCAAACUUUGUUGUUACGCUUCACGAUUCAUUUUGAAGUGGGCAGCCACAUCAGACCAGUCUGUACAUGAUACAGUAAGAACAGUGGAUACGUUUAUUUAGUGAAUAUGUUUUUUUGUGUUCUCCUUUCCAGCCUUUCCCUGGUUUGGUAUGGACAUUGGCGGCACUUUAGUGAAGUUGGUAUACUUCGAGCCAGUCGACAUAACAGCAGAAGAAGAACAGGAAGAAGUGGAAAACCUCAAGUCAAUCCGCCGCUACCUCACCUCAAACGUUGCCUAUGGUAGGUAAACACAGACAUGCGCACACACACAGAGACAUUCAUAUGUAGUAACAGGGAGGGUAGUUAUGAACAAAGGGCACUUACCAGAAGAUACUAGCAUCUAUUUUACAGUUCUCAUGUAUUACAUAAGACUGAUAAGGUGUUUUUCCAGAGUUGUUUUUUGACGUUAGGUUUGGUUGAAAUCAUAUCCUUGACCCCUGAAGUUCUGAAGUUAAACAGCAGUACCAUAAACAAAGAGACUGACCUGAUUUUUUCCUUUGGGUACCCAGAUGAACCACAACUUGUAUCAAAACAUACUGUCAAUUCUUGAAUCUACACACAGGUAAAACAGGUGUCCGCGAUGUCCACCUGGAGCUGAGGAACCUAACCAUGUGUGGCAGGACAGGCAACCUGCACUUCAUCCGCUUUCCAACACAGGCCAUGCCUCGUUUUAUCCAGAUGGGCCGGGACAAGAACUUCUCCAGCCUGCACACAACACUUUGUGCCACAGGAGGUGGCGCGUACAAGUUUGAGAAUGACUUCAGAACAGUAAGUGUAUUCACCUAACUGAUACAAUAACAGUUAUUUUCCUCCAUCAUUGGGCGGAAAGAUUGGAUCUUGUUAUUGUGUCAUUCUUCAAGAUGUAAAGGGGAAACUGAUCAGGCUCAGAAUUCCUGAGAAUCAUCUAUAAAGACAAAACAUACACAGUGACAAUUUCAAAGGCUUUUUUGCAUUCUAAUGUUGUAGUUGAAUGAUGUUCAUUAUCUCUUCAGUUUCUUAGAAGUAGUUUUCUUUUUUUCCUGUUAAACUUCAGAUGGUUUCUUUGACGUGCCUGUUUCCUCGUCAAUUGUUCCAGAUGGCAAAACUCUUUUACGCAGGUUUUUCCGUAACUUUUGUUUAAUAGUUUAAUGAUGUUCAUUAUGUCUUCAAUUUCUUAGGAGUAUUUUUUUCCCAAGGAAAAAAGAAAGAAAACAGAAAACUAUUCUUAUAUUGUGUUACAAAUUUAUGUCAGCGUUUGUGUCUUUGCAUACGAGUUUUUUUAUUUUUUAUUAACUGAUUUGAAAACCCAGCUGUCUGUCCCGGUGCUCUUCUGCCUAAGUUCAUUGACCCUCUCUGCAGUGCAGUACGAUCAAUGAGCUCUCUCUGAGCACUGCAGCAUGUGUACUGAGCUUUCACAACACUUGAACAUAAGCCCUCUGGUGCUUUAAUAAAUCAUGCUUAUAAAACGGACAAAUUAAUGCUCCCAGUGAGUGUGAGAGUGAUUUACUUUUAAUCAUCUUGAUUUUCUGAAAUCCCCCCCAAUAGUGUUCGGCAGUCAAAAUGGAGCCCUCUCAGAAUUUGAAUCUGUGUUCUUGGUGCAGAUGGCCGACCUGGAGCUGCUGAAGCUUGAUGAGCUCGAUUGCCUGAUCCGUGGCCUGCUGUUUGUGGACCGAGUGAGUUUCAACGGACACCCAGAGUGUUACUACUUCCAGAACCCUUCAGACACCCAGAGCUGCGUGAAGAAGCCCUGCACCCUGGACAACCCCUUCCCCAUGCUGCUGGUCAACAUAGGCUCUGGGGUCUCCAUCCUGGCAGUAUACUCAGAGAACAACUACAAACGCGUGACAGGGACCAGGUGAGGAGGAAGCACACCUUUUCUUAAAAACAACAAGAACAACCUAAUGGGACAGAUUCACUGAAAAGAAUGAUCAUUUUAGAAAAAGAGUCAAAUAAAGUCCGUAUGUGGGAAUAGUGUGUCAUAGACUUUAAUAACUUUUUGCUGAGAAAUAAAAAGAAUGGAUGUAAAGGCCUGCAGAAGGUAUUGUGACCUGGUACAAUAGAAGAUCAUAGUGAGCAGGAAUCUGCAGAAAAACUCUGAGGCAUAAAGAAGAGCAAAUUUCAUAAAAUAGUAUUAUCGAUGUGCAAAAAUGUACCAUGGGCCUUUGCUGACCUUGAUACUCAUGUCAUGUUGACCCCACACACACACACACGACAUACACAUGGCAUUAUUUGAAUGAGGCCCUUGAUUGUCCCAUCAUUUAUUUAUUUAUCCAUCAAAGCCAGUGUUGUCACUUAUAUUUAACAUAUCCAAGGGUGUAAUACCACAUAAAAAAUCUCCAAUCUUUUUUUAUAUUGAAAAUUGCUUGUUUUUUUCCUCACCAAAUCAGUGACAUCAGUGGCAUUUAAAGGGUUAAAAUUAAUAUCUUUUUAAAAUAUUUAAUUGUUUUUACCAGGACUGAGCUUCAUAAGGGGACCGGAAGAAAAAAAGUAGAAAUAAUAUUGAUCUGAGAUGUUUUUUUAUUUUCCAGCAGCUGAAGUUAGUGGCAAAAAAACGUCCACUAACAGGACGAAAGGGAUUAAAACUUAAAAUCCGAUGCUGUGUAAAAAAUGUUAAUGCAUCAAAGCUAAUGUUGUCACUAAUCUUUGACGUAUCCAAGGGUGUGAUAGCAUGUAAAAAAUCUCUACCCUCUUGUCAUUUUUUAUAUUGAAAAUCCUUUUUUUUCCCCCCUCACCAAAUCAGUGACAUCACCUCUGAAAUUGGCAUUUAAAGGAUUUAAAUCCAUAACAAUUUAAAAAAAAAAUAGUUUUGAUAAGGACUGAGAUUAAUGAAGAGGUUUGAGCAAAACAAUUUUGAAAAAAUUCUUUAUCUGAUAUGUUUUUACGGCAGCUGAAGUUGUUGGCUAAAAACAUCCAAAAACAGGAUGAAGAGGUGUAAUUUUUGAGCGGUCCACAAGGGUUAAAUCACUCUUUGGUUCAAGACAAACAAGCCUUUUCGUAUGAGUGAAUCUUGUGUGAAGCCAAAUGACAAAGUAAGGUAAAUCUUAUAAAUUUUCCCUACUGCUGAUCAGGCUGUCAAACUGCUCUAGCAAAGAGUGAUGAUCCAUGUCACUGGUUCCUUCUCUGAAGAGCACUUAAGUUCAUGUCAAGGGAAGGGAAACAGCUAUUUAACAUAGACUCUAUGUUGUGGGUUGUUUGCCUCAGCGUUGGUUGAGACCAAAGAGACUUUCUAAAUCAAGAAAGCUGAAAAGCUGGAAGUGUUUAUUUACGCUCAGCCUUAAAUCAAUGAGGAUUAACUGAAUGUUGUUUGGCAUGGGGAAAUAUGUGCAAAAGUUGAAGGUGACUAAACACUUUUUAUAGCCACUAUAGAUCGACCAGAUAAGUCCAAAUCAGAUGUUUGAAUUCCAGCCAGACUUUAUCUCAGUUCACCUUAUGUACCUUUUUUGCCCUAGUUAUGCAACGUCAGGUCAAAGUUAUGAUUUAAUAGAUGUAAAAAGAGAAUAUAACGCAAAGGAAUACCUUUUUCUCUACAUCUAAAUCAUAUUUCUGAUGUUUGCUUUUUUUUUAUGCCUGCAUGUGCAUGUGGAGUUUAUAUUUAAUCUGCCAGACUGCUUCUAGUUGAGGAAAACAUUAGAUGCUGUGGGUGUGAGGUCAAGUCAAGGGGGGGGAGGAUGUGUAACUGUGUGCGUGGUAUCUUAUGGAGUUUGAAUUUUUUUGCAAAGUCUUUGUUUAAAUGUUUUGGAUCCUAUUUACAUGAUCUUUGUCUUGUGUUGAUGUUUGAUGUUUAUUCCUUUUACUUAAUGAUGAAACUCAAACUGUCCUGUAGGUUUACUUAGUAAUCGAAAGCUUAUGCAAAUCUUGUAGAGGAGUUAGGGUCAGGGAGAGGGGACUCUGUUGUGAGUACAUUAAGAUUAUUUGAGGUAUUUCAAAGGAACUUUCUAUCCAGAUACAUUGCAUUUGUGUGUUAAUUUGUUUGAACCCUUGACAUCUUUUCUUUACUUGAUUUUCAAAUCCUAACCAUUGCCCUGGCAUCAUCCUCUUUUUUUGUCUUGCAGUCUUGGAGGUGGUACAUUCCUGGGCCUUUGCUGUCUGCUGACCGGCUGUGAGACGUUUGAGGAGGCAUUGGAAAUGGCCAGCAAGGGCGACUCAACCAAUGUGGACAAACUUGUAAAAGACAUCUAUGGAGGGGACUAUGAGCGCUUUGGUCUGCAGGGCUCAGCUGUGGCAUCCAGGUGAGUGUGAUGAGGGUGUUGUUGUGUAAAAGUUGCGAUAGUUCUGACUGGACAUGAUUCCUCUGGAUUGAUUUGGACUUCCAGAUUUUUUCAGCCUGAAGGGGUGAUUAGUGUGAGACUCAAUAGCUGUGAGUAGAACUGGGCGAUUUGGCAAAAAAAAUGAAAUAAUUUGGUCAUAUCCUCUGAUCUCGAUUAUUAUCACAAUUUUUUUUGUAUUUUUUCAAACUGCCAGUUUUAAGGCAUCUGUACUAAAAACUAAAGAAACUAGAGAUUAGAUCAACAUUUUAUUGACAUACAAAGUAAAUAACAAAGCAUACUGAAUAAAAUAAACUUAAAAAAAUAUAAAAACCAUUUUAACUCAACAGUACAACAAAUGUAGAUAAAUAUUUAAUAAUACAGUGAACCAGUUUACAGUCCUGGGUGUUUUUGCAGGUCUACAAUACCCAAAAUGAACAAAUCAGGGAUAAUGAAGACUCCUUAAAAUGUAAACAUUAGAUGAUGUAAACGUAGAUGAUACGAUUGAUCGCUGCUUUUGUCUGGUGUCUGCACUGCGAGUUGUGGUUAAACUGCUGAUGCUACUCAUGCCAUCAGCAGUGACAGACUGUGCAGACUCCGCUCACAUUUUCAUGCUUUCCGCUUAAUCAUUCGGGAAGUACGUCUUCAAAUGAUUAAACAGAUCUGUUGUGUUGCUGGUUUUUGAAGGUGCUGCCCUCAGCUCCACAUUUAGCUCCACGUUUGGUCAUUCUGUUUACUUCUCCAGCAACUUACAAAAGUGAGCAGGAAAGGCUCAACUCUGAUUGGCUGUUGUCACGCACUUUUCCACUAUGUUCGAUGAAGUAAAUAUGCUCACAGCUGAUCACUGUGCUCGAACUGAAAUUUAUCACGAUCAAGUCCUAGCUGUGACAUAACACAUUUUAGGAGUAGAGAGUUACACACGAUUGAGUUUUUGUCUGAUUUCAAUCACAUAAUUGAUCGAUGAUACUAUCUGUGUCAUUAUAUUCAGAAGAAUUGAACUCAAGCUGUUAAAAGCUAAACUCCCUCUCCUUCAGGUGAUUGAAGACAGAGGACAGUCAAGAGAGAGGCUGUAGAUGCAACACAAUAGCAACAGAAACAAAACACAUGUUCCAGAAAAACAGUGUCAUGACAUAAUAGUUAAAUGCUUGUAAAGGCAAAGUUCAGACACAGACCAAGUGGCUUGCUUAGACCUCUACUUGCUAAUCUGGGUUUAUUGUGUAUACAGUAAAUCUGCAGCUCCAUGUUCAAAGGUUAAACCUUAAAGAAAGUAUUUUAUUACGUUGGUAGUUCAUGAACACUUCUUUAAUACCAUGGUGUUCUAUUCUGUCAUUUGGAGAAACAAAACACACAAAUACACACAAACACACAUGGUCAUUGAUUAGCGGUACUUGUUUACUGUUGCUGUGAAGGUUAUUGUGACAUUAGCCCAGGUGCGAGUCCUGUGCUGUGCACGCUUAUCUUUUAUCCUUUAAUUUGAUAAGAGGUCAUUGAACUUCAAUAAUACCUGUAGAGGAACUGUCACAAUGUGUGUGCACAUGUUUUUGUUUGUUAAUUUGUUUGUCGCUUUUCCUUUUUUUUUUUUAGUUUUGGUCACAUGAUGAGCAAAGAGAAGCGAGACAGCAUCAGCAAGGAAGACCUGGCCAGGGCCACACUGGUCACCAUCACUAACAACAUAGGAUCCAUAGCACGGAUGUGUGCUGUCAAUGAGGUAUGCACAUUGACACAAACAUACGCGAACAAACACAAAGAAUCCUGGUCUGUCCUCAUCAACCAUAGUAUGAACAACAUUGACAUUGGGUUUAUACCAAAAACCCAAGUGAUAAUAAGUUCUCUCAGAUAAGCCCCUCCCACCAAAUGGUGCUGAAAAGCUGUAGCUUUGAAUAUUGAAACACGUAAACAACCAUGGAUAUACAGUAUCAUUAAGACCAGGGUACCCCCCCGCAGCUAAACCGCUCACACAGUCUAUCGACAAGAGUGUCACUGUUAAAUUUACUGUAUACCUUCAGCCUAAUAUUGUUUAGUUUAAAGCCUGUUUUAUAAAAAGGAAGAGGUCUCUGUGAAAUCUUUAUAGCACACAUAGACUGUUUAUACUAUGGACAACUUAAUUCCGCCUCCCACCUGAGUAAGGAUUUGAAACCAAAUAGCUCUCGGCAUUUCCACGAUUUUUCUUCAUUUCCUGAAACCGGCACUGCGCAGUAGCGAUGCGCACAUUCGGCGAGAGAGUCGUCAAGAGUCGCUGUGACGACGCUCGGCUCAAACAGCGUAUCCCCGGGUGAGCUAUGCAAUCCCUGAACGCCAAUAGGCUGUAUCAGGUGUCAAUCAAACAAAACAUGAACCCUCUAAUAACUUUUAAAAACGGAGCUUCACAGAAAAAAGAGGACUUGAGCACAAACCAGUCUUACUGUAACUACAUGUCAACACCGCAAGCAAGGGGGAAAAAAUGUAUGUUUUGUUUUAUAAAUUUCUCAAGUUUGUCCACAUCUCCAUAAGCUUUGCUGGCGGAGGCGGGAUUUAUGAUCUAUACUGCAGGCCGUCAACAGAGGGUGCUGUUCUCGGAGUGGCUUUACCUAGCAAGGACGCAGACCGCGUCCAUUCUAUAAACAGUCUAUGGUAGCACACCUUUGAACUACAAACAAGAUCAACCAUGAAUCUAACUAUUAUCAGGGCUUAAAUUUCUCCGGCGAUGUGCUAUUUUGUUUCAGUAUGAGCCGUUUUAGAGUCCAAAUUGAAGAAUCGUGUCUAUAGAAUUACCUGCUGCUCUGUUUCUUUCUGUUUACUGUCUCUCUCUAUGAAGCUAUACUUAGAUUCACUGGUCUUGCGCAAUGUCCCACCUAUAGUGGUAUCUGAUUGGUUACACAUCACAAGAAAUGAGCCAAUCAAGAGUAAAAGUGACCAUCCGUGACCAUCAUUGAACCAUAAAUUCAGUGACACUAUAAAUCAGUAUCAAGCAGUUCUAAGAGAACUGACGGACAAUAUGUCCUAGUCCCCAGUCCUGGACCACCUAAUCGAGGCUGACUAUGGCUUUGCUGGUCCCAGCUUAUCACAGAGCAGAAAGGUUUGUGUCAAAUGAGCACAACUUAAAAUACAUUCUUAUUGUUAAAAACACAAUAAUUCAUAUUCCUCUAAUUCACAACCAAACAUUUUUUUUUCUAUUUUUUUCUAUUUUUUUGUUCAACAAGUGAUAUAGCUAAGGAACAUUGAAUUUGAUGUUGGGAAUGUUAGGAGCAUACAUGGAAAUGUAACUUAAAACUUAGUGAUCAGAGCUUCAUAAAAGUUCCAAAAACCUGUCCAGUUGGCCAGUUUGGGUUACCGUAAAACAACAGAAAAUAGCAGAAAUACGGGUCAAUCUAAAGUUUAGUAAAUCGUUUAAAGGCACAAAUAGUGGUGAUCUGCUAAAGCUCAAUCUGAAAGGUUUUCCUCUGGGAUCAGGCGAGGGAUCAGCCUGGAGUCUUUCUGUCUGCUGUGGGCUUCUUUACAGUGUUGCCUUGUGGCAUGGCGAUCAAGCAGCAUUGUACAGGGCUAUCACUGCAUACAGAGCUGCAGCUUAUGUUCACACAUCCACCAAAAGAGGGGUUUAGGGCUAAUAUGAAUGCAUUUGUAUGACAACCUUAUCAGCCAGUCUGGUUUUAUAUUAUCUCAGCUGCUAUGAGGAAAACUAUUACUGAGGAAUAGAGGGCAGAAGCCAAAAUCUGAAAGACAUCAAACCAAGUGGCCCAACAAACCAAACUUGCUAUGUAGGGAAAUCAUGGUGAGUUGAAAAAUUAUAUCAGAGACACCAAAGAGUGGUUAAACAAAUGAACAGAUUAAAAAACACUGGCAUCCUUCAAACGGACUUCUAACAUAUUUAUAAGUCAUGUAUUUGUUUAUUAUGUAAUGACAUCAUUGCACUGACAAGGCAAGGCCUUAACACAAACACAUGUUGCAAAAACAAACACCAUCGCUUUGUCCUAAGUUCACACUGACAAUUAUGAUAUUACACAACAAAGUUAAGAGCAUGAAGAUGUAUCCCAACAAUCAUCAUCUUCACAGCAGAGACCCAAAGCUUUUUUAAUGUUGUACAACACUCACCCAGUUGACCAUAUUGUCACAAAUCCAUCUGCUAACAAUUUUGCCACUUUGUGAAACCAAAGAGGUGAUAUGAAGAAUUAUAUGUCAUAUACUUUCUAACUUUGAGAGGUUACUCAGCUGGUGAGCUGAUAGCAGGAAUUUGUUACUGUGGCUGAAGUGCCCCUACCUGCAGCAAGGGCUUUAGAUAAGCAGCAAGACAAAAUAGAUCAAUUAUUUACAAUUAAAAACACGUUAAAGGCAUGAUUAAGGUGAAGUGCUUGACGAAUAUCAAUGGCAGUGUGUAAAAAAUAUAGAACAGGAAGAUAAGAGAAGAUAAGAGGAGAUAAAAUGUACUUUGUCGUUCCUGUUAGAAAAUCUGUUUUGAGAAGUAGUGCAAGAAACAUGUUUGUGCAACUUGGUGUGACAUGAAUCAAACAAUCAAACGCAGAUAUUGGCAACAAAGUCCAUAAAUAUGCAGAAUAAUGUUUAAAAAAAUUAAGGCAAAAAGGAGAUGUAUAAAAAGAAAAGUGUUACAUAAGAAACACUGGAUCGCGCUGAAGUUCUGCGGCUUGGUUGUUCAGCAGCUUCAAUCUGUUGCUCUCUUACGUCUGCCUGAAGGUCAUAGUUCAUGUUUGUGAGCUAUCUCAUGAGAUUUUAUGUCCAAAUCUGACAAACAGCCCUUCAUAAAUGGACUGCAGGGGGAGCUGUUUCCUUUUACUUUCAUUGCUGCUUUUUAACACGUUUGUUAGAUUCUGUUUUAAGGUUUCCACUCAAGCAGGCCAGGGUGAUUUGGUGUUUACUUGUACGCCUUGAUAUUUGUCUGAACACAGCUGUUCAAUCGCAGUUAUUGAUGAUAGCAGGGUCAUGGGCACCGCUUUUAGGUUAAACAGGAUUUAUUUUGUCUUGUUAACAUUCAAAUAAGCUGCUGUUAACAUCAUUAACACUAUACACUGAAUACAUACACAGUCAGUUGUCAGCAGACCAGGAGGCUGAGUGGUGAACAGUAAAUCAGCUUGCCAGCACCACUGUGUGGUUUGGGUGAGGUAUUACAAUUUGCCUCAGCUUAUGAUCUCAUCAAGUAUGAUAAUAAAUGACUAACAUGUCAUUUUUUAAUUCAUUGUGUGCCUAAGGGUAGAUAAAGACAUCUUUCAACAGUAUAGAAAAGAGGCAUUUACUGUAUUUACAUUAUAGAAACGUGAUGUCACUAGUGUUGCAAAAUCUUGUCUUGUAGUGAGGAGAGAAAGAAAAACAUGAAAUUAACAAAACAAAUAUGAAUAUAUACAGUACAGGCCAAAAGUUUGGACACACCUUCUCAUUCAAUGUCUUUUCUUUAUUUUUUUUUACGUUGUAGAUUCUCAUUGAAGGCAUCAAAACUAUGAGUGAACACGUGGGAUUUUGUACUUUUUAAAAAAUUGUUUAUAUUCUAGUUUCUUUAAAAUAGCCACCCUUUGCUCUUGAUGACAGAAGUACUUAUUGACUGACUCUGUAAGUAACCCAGACAAGGCACACCUGUGAAGUAAAAACCAUUUCAGGUGACUACCUCAUGAAGCUCAUUGAGAGAACAGCAAAAGUUUGCAGCGCUAUCAAAAAAGCAAAGGGUGGCUACUUUGAGGAAUCUAAAAUAUAAAACAUGUUUUCAGUUAUUUCACACUUUUUUCUUGAGCACAUGAGUCCACAUGUGUUCAUUCAUCAUUUUGAUGCUUUCACUGAGAAUCUACGAUUUAAAUAGUAAUGAGAAUAAAGAAAAUGCAUUGAAUGAGAAGGUGUGUCCAAACUUUUGGCCUGUACUGUAUAUAUCUGUGUUUCAUUGCCCGAGUGCAAAGAAAUAUUAAACUGUAGCUCAAAUUAUGCAACUCUUUUGAUCUAACAUUUUCUUUGUCCCUCUUCUUCUGUCAGAAAAUUGAGCGUGUGGUGUUUGUCGGGAACUUUCUUCGCAUCAACACAGUAUCCACAAAGCUGCUAGCGUACGCCAUGGACUUCUGGUCUAAAGGACAACUGAGGGCCCUUUUCCUAGAACAUGAGGUGAGCAUUCGAACCGCCCAACACAUUUGAGAAAUCUGAAAGUUUGGAUUCCCUAAAGCUACAUAAAAGCUUAAGGAAUAUAUGAUCUUUAUAAAGUGUGUGCGUGUUUCAUCAGGGGUAUUUUGGGGCUGUCGGGGCGCUGAUGGAGUUGCUCAAGACAACAGAAGACCCAUGAAGGUUGUCCUGACCCGGGACAUCAGCUCUAUACAUAAUGAUGUCAUCCGACCCCUGUACGCUGUGAUGUCAUCGACUUGCAAUGCUGUGACGUCUUCAACCCUUUGACGCUGCUGAAAGGUCCCGUUCACGCCGGGCCUCUAGAGGAACACAGAAAACUGACGGACACAGAAACUGAGAAAAGCCAUUUUAAUAAUUUAACUCUUGUAAAUAGUAAUAACCUCUGUCACUCAUCUCCUAAAUUCCCCAGAGCUCCUUCCUAUCAUAGAGGUUUAAUAUUGUAAUCUUUAAUUUAUGGUUUCCUGUGAUCGCUUCUGUUGACUCCUGUGAUGGGGCUGGUGUCAUGAAGCAGAGGAUUUGACUGUUUUGUUUUGUUUUGUUAUUGUGUGAGUUUUUGUGAAUAGCUACUGUAGCAUUACGGAGACUGUGGUGCCUGGAGGACUAAUUGUUAGGACAUCUGCAAAUUGGGGUUGUAACUGUAGAAUCUGUCAUUUUGACCAGGGCCUCUGUAAGUGGUUGCUGACCUUCAAGCUGCAGCAGGAGAACAUUCAUAGAAAUAGUUUGGGUUGAGGAGGCAUUUUGUCGCACAAGAAGUUGCCCACAUUGCUGCAGUCUUUGUGGAGUGCACUGAAGCCAAAUCCUGUUGUGAUUUGUAGAACCCCUGCCACCUUAGCUCUGAUUAGAGACGAAAAUAACGCUUUCACUUUUCUUGUUGCUCCACUGCACAUGGCCUUUUGCCUUUUUGUUUGUCUCUCCUCUAUUUGCCUACACUAAACAACAUUGACAACACCAUAUUGCCCACAUAUGCACAACAAGCUAGCCUGCUGACUUAGUGACGGGACCAAGUCUUCCUGCAGAGACCACGACAGCUUUGUUCUUUGCUGUCGACAGGCUUGUGAUUUGUGUCAUUGUAAUCCCACCCUUCUUUGUCUGUCAGUGUCCAGCCGUGUAACACCUGAGCAGGGUGGUAGACUUUUCCUUUGCUCUCUCGCUUCACUGCCACCCUGCUGGCUUGUUUUGAUGCUGCCGUGUGAACCAGUUGGCAUUAGCAAUGUUGAGCAACCCUGUUGUUAAUGUCAAAUGUAGAAGACUGGUGUCACCAUUUUGGGGGCAACAGGGACCAAGAUGGCUAAUUAAGGUUGACAUUGAUCAUUAUGAACGUGGUUAUUAUUAUUCUCAUGUGUACCAGAAGGAGCAAUGUACCUCAUGGUGAAAUUUGUCCUGAUAUCAUGUGAUUACACUCUAAACCGCAUGAAAAAAAAAAAAAAAAAAGUAAAUACAACCCACUCUGCGGGUUUCUACCAUAGACUGUAUAUAGAAUGGAUGCCAUUUGUCCCCUUCCCAGGUGAAGCCACUGUGAGAACAGCACCCUCUAGUGACAGGCUGCAGUAUAGGUCAUAUUUCCCCCCUCCUCCAACAAUCCCUAUGGAGCUGUGGACAAAUUUUAGAAAUUUCAUCACACAGAAUAUAAAAUUUUCUCCUCCCUGCUUCUGAUGUUGGCAUGCAGUUACAGUAAGACUGGUUUGUGCUCAAGUCCUCUUUUUUUUCUGUGCAGCUCUAUUUUUAAAAGUUAUUAGGGGGUUCAUGUUUUCUAUGAUUGACACUUGACACAGCCUAUGGGAGUAUGAAGUUUAUGUAGCUCACCCGGGGGGUACACUGUUUGAGCCGAGCGUCAUCACAGCGACUCUCCCGCCGAAUGCGUACGACGAUAGUGCACAAGUAGUGGAGAGCUCACAACGCCACUGCGCAAUGUUGGUUUUGGAAGUGGAGUAAAUCCUGGAAAUGCCAAGAGCAAUGUGGCUUCAAAUUCGUAUAAUGAUGCAAAGCGGAGCCAAGUUGUCCUUAGUAUAUACAGUCUGUGGUUUCUAGCUUGAUUGGUAUCUACCAAGUAUUAAUCCUGGAAAAAAAAGUUUAACCCUCACAGUAGACGUUUUUUUUUUUUUUGUAAUUCAGUGGGCCAUCAUGGGUCAAGGUUGGCAAAGCUUUGGUUGAAAUUUUAUCAUUACACCAUCACUGUUGUGCCCCUCACCACCCCCACCUGGACCUUUACAGCCUUUCAUCUCAGAUUAAUGUCAAAGCAGCUGAAGUAUAUUCUGUAGAUUGAAAGUGCAGUCUCUCUACUGUCUGCUGCACCACUGUCUACAUGCCUUUACUGCUCUGCAGAGAAACUGUGCUCUUUCCUUUUCCCAUUCACAUUUACUUUUGUUUACCUUUAUCUUGCAGCUUUUUUGUUUGUUUGUUUGUUUUUAUUUAUUUUAGACUGACUGUCUUUGAAAAUACCUACAAAUCAUAAAUACCCACUCACUCAUUAUGGUUAGUUUUUGUGUCUCUGAGCCACAUCUACAAGUAUUUUUUUACAUUACCUACAGGUUAAUAUGAACCCAUCUAACUUUUGUCUGGACAGAAUCUCUUUUUUUUUGAAUACCAGUUAGCAUAUUUGCUGUUUUUGUUUUGAUUAAAUGAAUUUGCUGAGAGGUACAUAGGGAAGUGGAUUUAGGGCACAUUAUUUUAAGGAGGUGGUUUUAGGCAGAUAUGUUUCUCUCAACCACUGACAGUAACAUCUAAAUCAUUUGCCAUUAUAAUACAAUUAUAUUUGAAUAUAACAAAACCAUUUUGAGUCAGAGUCGCACAGACACACUUUCUGUAGUAUAGAAUAUAAAUAGAAGCAAGGCGCUUGCAUUUUUUUAUUUUUACUACAUUCAGUGCAACAGAGUAAAUGAACUACCUAUCAGAUUCAAUAGUUAGAAUGCCAGUAGUUACACCUGUGUUACGAGUAAAACUGGAGAAGUAAUGAAUGCAUGUUUUGUUGUUUUGCCACCACUGUCUCUAAAAACACCAAAUCAUCAAUCCGCUUUUUCCAGUUUAUUUAUCAGAUUUGAUUACUGUGCAAAUGAUCCUUUUGAGUGCUUUUUCUCUUUUACUUUUAUUUUGCCUUGUUCCAACGCAUGUUUGGAUGGUAAAAGUGGCCUCGUGCAGUCAGGUGCCACUCGACUUGAACCUCCUGCCAGUUGCCUUUACUGUUUGUUUUCCUGGUUUCACCGUGUUUGUGUCCUUCAGUCUUUCUCACCUUGUGCAGAUCCAUCUUUGUUCACUCUCAUUUUGUGUUGUUUAUUUGUUUUAUGUUUUUGGUGUUUAAUGUGAUACUUCAAAGACUACAGCUAACACAUGCUAACAGUUUUUUGUAGUUUUAUUUUUUACUUAAGCAAGUUCAACAUUCACAACUCAAUUGCAAGUACCAUGUGUGGGAACACUAUAGAUAGAGGAAUCCCACCACUCUUACAGUAACAACUAUCUUAGGGUAGUUUUAGUCAUAAAUGAAUUAUGGGGACUAGAACAGGGGGAGUUGUUCACAUUAAGAUUUUUUUUUUUGUUAAUUUUGUUUUGUUUUUUUUUGUGGGGGAACAGUGUCAUAAAACUGUACGUCUUUUUUGUUCUUUUGUCCUCCUUGUCUUGUGGCCAGUAGUACUAACUAACUGCAGUAAGUUAAUCUUUCAUGUGAUCUUGAAAAUAUUGUUGUACAGAAUAUUGUUGGUUUGUUUUUUCUUUUUCUCUUUUUUUUUUUUUGGUUGGCACAAAAGAACCAGUGUGAUUGUUUGCAAAAAUGUGAUUCCCUGCAUUCAUUCUCUGUCAGGCUGAAGACACUGUGCAGCACUAAAAGACAAGGAUGAGAGCCUCACUGCAAGUUGAACUUCUCAAACACCAGUAAUCAUUAUCACCUAAACCUUAAUGUUUCGAGCAGGUAAACACUUGGAGUUGGGGUAUUUAACCGAGCAAUGACAUUGUACAACUGUUGAUGAUGUUCCUCAGUCCUGGUGUCAGUGCUGUACUAAUAUUAGAUGAAUGAAGACAUUCGUGGGAGCAUUUGAAAAUGAUUCCAGGUCCUCAAAUACAGAUCAAGUGUUGUUGAAGAAUACCUGUAUAUCCCAAUAUCAACAAUAGAAUUGAAACUGUUCAGUUUACAGACUGUCGUUGGAUUAUAAUGAGUUUAAAUACUUAAAGUAGUUGUGGACCUCAGUAAUCUCACUUCUGCAUUAUAAGUGUUUUCCGCAGCACUCAUGAUACUACCAUUCAAACCAGUAUCACAUUUCCAGUAUACAAUGGUGGACAUUUUGUCCUUCAGAAAGUGUUUGUCUCACAUUUAACUGGAACACAGUCAGUAUAAAGACACAAUUUGCUCAUUUCAGUGACUGAGUCGCAGUUUUAGGUCCCUGUACUGAUCAGUGCGUGUUUCCCGAUCAAGUAAAGACAUGAUGGCAAGUGUUUCUUCAUCCACAAUGAACUCGAACCAACAGGCUAUGCAGUAACUCAUCCAUGGAUCUCUUUGUCUACAAACUCACCUCUUCUCUACAGCUCCCAGCGUUUAACUUGUUUGUAAAUGUUUUUGAAAAGAAUAUGCAACCCUGUAAAAAAAAAUUUUCCCACUAAGAUAUCCUGUUUUAAUCUUGAUGGAGAGAGUUUCUCCUCCAGAUGUUUGUCCUGCUGAUUUACUUAUUAACUUUGUUAAAGGUGGGUGUUUGCAACUGGAUGUUAAAGGCCAAAUUAUGCACCAUAAUGGGCACACUUGACUUUUGAUUUCAGUGAUACCUAAUGGAUAUAUACUGUGGCACCAUUAAUAAUGACACAUACAGAAAAGUGCUUACGUUAAGAUACUGUCAGAAACAGGUUGGACCUCUGUGAUGAUCAUAAAAUGUUGCGUACCAGCUGCAUGGCCUCCAGACCUUUUGCUCCUGAAGUUUCACUGAACCAUUGAGGAUAUCCAUGAAGGUUCUUAAUCUGGUCCACCAUCCUGUUGCAUGACACAUCCAGCCUUAAAACUGUCUGCUGGUAAGCUUGACCUGCAGGACAAACCUUUUCUUCUCCUUGUGUAUUUGACUGUACAGAAAUUUUGUAAAUAAUAAUAAUAUUAAUAUGAUAUAUUCUACACCAGCAAUCUGUCUGUUGAUAACAUUGUUUCAACUGUUCAGGGCCGGGUUUCCCAAACAUGACUCGGCACUUUGUUUUAAAAUCCUGACGCAGACACAAGACACUUUCCCCUGCAGCCUUAUCACCUGUAUCGACAACCUUAUCAGAGUGGUCAUAAAUCGUGUUAGCUAAUACUUUUAAGAGUGUGGUUUAGCCUGAUUGUUGUAUAUGACAACGUUUUCCUUGUAGGGACCAGAAAUCUGGUUUUGUAAUCUUUUCGGCAUCGUUGUGAGCCCACAUGUAUUAAACGUCCCAAUCAAUAACUUUACAUUUAUUAUUAUUUAAUGUUAAAUUCAGACUCUUUUGACUUUGAUUAAGAAGUAACCUUCCCAAAAGGGUCAUACAUACUUUUCAUGGUGAUAAGAACUAACAGGGGGAACAUGGUGAAGUUAAAAUACACCGUUUUUCUUCACAUAGAAGUGUUUACACUGUCUUGUUGCUCUUUGUGGCCACAGUCCAGGUGCCUGUUCUUUGUCUGCGAGAUUUCAGUGCCAGUUAUUCACGUCGGCUCAUCCAUGAUCCAGAUUCAGAUGUGAUCGUUUUGGGAAGCCCAGUGCUGGUUGUUGGCGUCAGUUCUGCUGCUGCUACGGCUUUAAGAUCCAGUUCUAAAACAGAAAGGAUUAAAAUGAAAAAAAAAAAUGUACUGAAAAAUGUCUCCCUGCCCUGUGCAAUCUGUAUGUACUGAAGUGAAGAGAUUUUUUUUUUCUAAAAAGGAAUUAAACUAAAACUGAAUGACAUAAAA